UCGGCCUAUUAGUUUGUGUAACGUAAGUUACAAGAUUAUCUCUAAAGUCCUAUGCCAGAGACUUAAAAAGGUAUUGCCAGAAUUAAUAUCGGAAACCCAGUCAGCCUUUGUUGCUGGAAGACAGAUAUCUGACAAUAUUAUGAUUGCUCAAGAGAUGUUUCAUGCUCUAAGGACCAAGCCAAGUGGGCGCAACAAAAGAAUGGCUAUUAAAACAGAUAUGAGUAAAGCCUAUGAUAGGAUGGAAUGGUCAUUUAUUGAUGCUGUGAUGAGAAAGAUGGGUUUCUCAGAAACAUGGAUCACAUGGAUAAUGAGAUGUAUUACGUCGGUACAAUACAAAGUCCUCAUGAAUGGGCAACCAAGAGGAAAUAUUAUCCCAGGAAGGGGACUACGACAAGGGGAUCCUUUAUCUCCUUUCAUUUUUAUUCUAUGCACGGAAGCGCUCGUUAGCCUUCUUAAUCAUGCAGAGAACCAGGGAAAGAUAACGGGGAUGCGCGUUACCCGCGCGUGUCCAUCGGUAUCUCACCUACUAUUUGCUGAUGAUAGCCUUUUCUUUUGUAAGGCGGAGCCCCGUGAAUGUGAAGAAGUAAUGAAAGUGAUCAGGAUCUAUGGUAAAGCAUCAGGACAAUGUAUUAACUUUGAUAAAUCCUCCUUACUCUUUGGUAAGAGGAUUAACGCAACCACAAGGCAAGAGAUCAAAGAUGUACUUGGAAUACAAAAUGAUGGAGGGAUGGGGACUUACUUGGGUAUCCCAGAAGAUAUUAGUGGUUCAAAAUGCAAGCUCUUUGCCUUCCUAAAAGACAAAUUAAUGCAUAGAGUGAAUGGCUGGACAGGUCGUUGGCUCUCGAAAGGUGGGAAGGAGGUAUUGAUUAAGUCCAUUUUGCUAGCUCUCCCGACGUAUGUUAUGUCUACUUUCCUGCUCCCAUUGGAGAUAUGUGAAAAACUUGCCAGUGCUAUUGCUCAAUUCUGGUGGAGCUCAAAUCCCCCAAAAAGAGGAAUACACUGGUCGAAAUGGGAGAAAGUUUGCCUACCGAGAGAAGAAGGAGGGAUUGGAUUUCGUAUGAUCCAUGAGUUCAACUUGGCAUUAUUAGCAAAACAAUUAUGGAGGCUAACACAAACUCCGGAUUCGCUGGUCGCCCGGGUCUUAAGAGGAAGAUAUUACAGACUAAGCUCGCCUUUGCGAGUAAAUUCUGUAAAUAGUCCUUCUUAUGUGUGGAUUAGUAUUUCCGCUGCGAGGGAGCUUUUGUUGUUGGGAAUAAGGCAGAAAAUACAUUCUGGUUAUGAGGUGAAGGUGUGGGAGGAUCCCUGGAUUCCAAUGACCCCUGCUAGGCCGGCUAUACCUAUAGCGCCAGUUAUGCAUCCAAAUAUGAGGGUGAGUGAUCUUAUUAAUCAGGAGUUGAAGGAAUGGGAUGUUGAUUUACUGGAACAAUAUGUCAGCCCUGCUGACAUACCCCUUAUAAGGAGUUUGGCCAUAAGCACAACGCAUAGGCCUGACACGUUUUGCUGGAGCUUCACAAAAAAUGGACAAUAUACAGUCAAGUCGGGAUAUUGGGUUGCUCAAAAUCUUCUAAAGGAUGCAGACGAAAAACAAGUGCUAGAGCCAAGUAUUACAAAGCUUCAAGCCUUUGCUUGGAAGAUAAAGGCGCCGAAGAAAAUUUGUCACCUUAUAUGGCAAUUGUUAACUGGUCAAGUGGCAGUAACGAGAAACCUAGUAAGGCGAAAUAUUAGAUGUGAUAAUUACUGCCCAAGAUGUGGUGAGCCAGAGGAAUCAGUAACACAUGCUAUUUUCGAAUGCCCACCUGCUCUACAAGUUUGGCUACACUCAUCAACUCCAACGAGUCCUGCUGUUUUUCCAACGCCAAGUAUAUACACGAGUAUGAACUACCUCUUCUGGGAAAAGAACGGUACAUUUGAACCAGAUCAAGACAGGGAUCCUUAUCCCUGGCUGAUUUGGUAUAUUUGGAAGGCUCGAAAUGAUAAACUCUUUAGGGGCAUAGACAGAGAUCCUCUGGAACUAGUUCGAUAUGCUGAGAGUGAGUGUCAAGCUUGGUUUAAUGCCAAUGAAACGAUACCACCAGUGGUACAGGAGAGUAAUGCAGAGGAACCUCAAGUCAUAAGCUUGGGGAAUAUUUGUUUGCUGGAUGGAUCAUGGACAUCUCAGGCUCAAUUUAGUGGGUGUGGAUGGGUCUGGUUGGACAGCAGGGGAGUCACGAAACUCAUGGGAUCACAGAACAUCCCCAGAAGAGAAUCAGCUCUGCACUCAGAAGUGGGAGCACUGCGAUGGGCGAUGGAAAAUAUGCUUCAACAUUCAAUUUGCCAGAACUUUGGAACAGACUGCAAGGACUUGAUUGCUAUGAUCAAGGAACCUCAUGCUUGGCCAAGUUUUGCUACGGAACUAGAGAGGAUAGAGACACUGCUCAUAUGCUUUCCAGACUUCAAGAUUUCGUAUAUUCCUAGAGCGCGUAAUCAGAUUUCAGAUUUUUUAGCUAAGACAGCUAGAUCCUUCCAUAGGAAGUUACAUUUUAUUGGUUGUUCUAUUCCGGUCUGGUUACCUAGACCACCUCAAGCCUGAGUAAUAGAAUAGCCGUUUG